GCGAUCAAACGAAGAAGAACCUGUAGUGUACAUCGAACUUCAUUACGGACAAACCCGGUGACCCAUAGGUUGGUUGCGUUAGGAGUUGUCACCAACAGAAAAGGAGCAAAAGCUUUUUCACCAAAAAGGAUUGUGUGUGAGCGAGAGAGAGAGAGAGAGAGAGAGAGAGAGUGCGAGAGUUUCAGGAGAGUGUGUAAGAGAGAAAGAGAGAGAGCGAGAACAGUAUAGUAAAGGAGAAGUAAAUCGGCUCUGAUCGUUGGCUAAGGAGUGAGGGGGGAAACACGUACCACCCAACCUGUCGUGAUUUCGUGUGUGAUUUCGAAACCCUAUGAGCUGGUUCGAAGGAGAGGAUACACAUAUGUGAAUGGAUUUGCUAAUAGGCGAUUUCAGAGUAUUAUACAACGUUCAAUUUCGUUACCGCAAUUGGGUGCAACACUGUUUUCGCUACUAGUUCCUUCGUAGCAGCGCCUCGUAUCUUUUUCCGAGUAGCUGUCUGUUGUGUGUAAUUUUAGUUCGGUUCUUCCUCUUGUUCGACACAACGACGGAAUUCCCUAGCCUCCCCGCAAACCAUAUUUUAGCUUGUAGUGUUCCUAUUUAUUACCUACGCGCACAGUCGUCUCUCCGCGGCCUUCGUAAAGCACUUGAUAGCUAGUACCCCGAAAUCGAUAUGAGGAACUUACUGAUAGUGACAACCGUGAUAUGCAGUGCCCUGGUGGUGACGGUAAUGGCAGUGCCAGUACCGGAAGCGCAACCCGAUCCAGAACCUGCACCUGCACCGGAACCAAAGACCGACAUAGAACUGAUGAAAAUACCACUAGACGAUGAUAAGGAACUAGACGUCAUCACACUGGUCGACUCCGGUGAUCAAAAAAUAAACGAGCGAAACAAGCGAACGAUCGGAAUUCUACGGGAACUGUUCCCAACAUUGUCUCAGAUCAACAGUAACUCCGAGAACCUGAAUACACUGGAAUCGCUGGAUCUGGCUGGUUUGAGUGACACUCUAAACGCGAUUCGAGUAGCUCGUGCUACCGAGCAGGAUACAAAGGCGGUAGCAGAUGUCGAAGAUCAAAAGGGUGCCGAAUCGUCCGCCAAAAGCUCGGCACUUGAUGAACUGUCGCUGGAUUCCGACGGCAACGACGAAGAUCGUAACAAGAGAUUUUUGUCUUUUGGUGGGGGUUCGAGCGGAGCCGGUGGUUCCGGAAAUUUCCUAUUCGACAUCAUCCGUCAAACAGCCGAUCGUGCCGCACGUGCUGCUGGAACCGUGUAUCGGGUCGUCGCAGGCACCGAGUCACUGACGACCAACCAUGAUAAGAACGCUAAUGACGAAGGACGACUUUCCACCACUAGCUCCUCCUUCACCACCGCUAGCUCUUCUAGCCAUUCUGCGCUCGUCUCGGGUAGUUCUGGAACCGAGCACAGCGAUGAAAAGGCUAAUUCCCCAGAUGAUCACGACAAUGAUCAUGAGCUCGGCAAAGGUGACGGAUAUACUGAAGGUAUUCCUGGACCGGUGACUCGCCUGUUUGUACUUGCCAACCGUGGCCUCUCCAAUUUGAUCCAAGAUCUUAUCCUGCGAAUCGCACAAACCAGUGAACGAGUGGUUAACUUCAAGGCACGUCUGAUCACAUCACUCAUCUAAGCCAGAGAUCCUCGCUCACAUACACACUAUCCUCUUCCCAUCUCGUAUUGAAUCACACCAUUGACUACAGAAUCACUUAGCUAAAUCUUAGUUCGUUUUCUUUCUCGAUUAAACAGCAAAAACAGUCAAUUCCUCAGUAUGUAGUUAAAAAUUUGAAUGUUUUUGUGUCUAAAUACUAUUAAUUUCGGUCGCUCAGCACAGAGUAUAAGUGCACUCAUGUAACUAAGAAGGCGAAAACAAGCCGAAAAAUCUGCUUCCUAAGAUAACACAAGUUGGUUAUGGUUAGACUACCAAACUGAAGACGAGGGUGUGCGUACUAGCUCAACAUUCUACCUAAGUAUAAAAAAUAUAGUACUAUAAAAAUUUAUGGAAUGCGACAAAUUGUAUAAGGCUGGAAACGGAAACUUGUGUUAGCAUAUAUUAUACUUUACUUCAAUCAUCAAUCACUGUCACUACUGCAGUUAUAGUCAAUAAUACUCUCUUCAGUGACUUACCUCUGUAAUCGGGUUGCACUGCCAAACCCAAAUUUUAUGAAAGCAUGUCUUUGGGGAUCUCUUUUGUUUUAUAACUGCCAACAAAUGUAUUAUUUUUACGCAACAAAUUUCUGAUAUUCGCGUUAUUGACCGAAUGCUAGAACCUGCUUCACUAACACAAAUCUUCACGUAUCUUUCAAACACCGGAUUUGCUCAAAACAAGGUUGUGUAUAUAUUUGUAAUCUAACUUUAAAUAUUCCUAUACACUCCAAGUAAAAUUGGUCAUUUGAAUGACUUUCCUCUAAGGUCUAUAAUGAACUUUUUCGCUUGCAGCAACUCUUUCCGCUUCUUAACAUUAACUAAACUGCGCCACGGGAGAACAUCAAUAUGUGUUUUGUUGUAAAUAUUAUAUCUAAUUCUGCAUACUUUCGCUGAUUUGAAUCUAUUUUAGUUUGGUUUAUUUUAUUUCAUCUAUCUUUUUUUUUAUUUGCAUGAUUGAGAGAGAAUGCAAUGAAUCUGCUACUACUAUGUAAGAGAAAGAGAGCUAGGGUGUAGGAGAGAAUAAGAACUAUAUUUUCUGUCACGUAUAAUUGUUUCUUCCAAAAAAUAUAGAACUUGGUGAAUUUUCAAAAUCAAAUUUUUCAUCAUUUAGUAACUAUUGUAAAUAGAGUUUAUUCUCCAUUUUAUCAUUUCCUUCUGUUGUUUUUAUUGUAUUAAAAUUGUAAGUAUCUUGGAUAAAUAAAGAAAAUUUUAAAAAUUAUUUCACGAUAUGAUACUACAAAAAUAAAACCACUCAAAGCAAACAUUAAUAGGCGGAAGGAAACAAUGAUAACAAGUAGAGUUAAAAAGUGAUUUUGAGUUGCUUUGGCAAUGUAAUUCGUAAGAUCAUAGACAACUUCAUAGGGAUGAAUGACAUAUGUUUCAAAGCUAAAAAUUUCAGUCAUUUGAACGGGUGGCUGCUUGUUUAGACAAAGUAGAAAAAAUAAAUUGGAUAUACGAUUAUGUAUUUAAUAAA